CCUUAAUCCAGUAGUUAAUUGAUUUGGGCGAGGCUUCGACGUGACACUCGAUUUGGACAUCAGUGCCAAGUGGUGCGCCGACUAAUUGAUUCGGCACUUGGAUGACCGGAUGAACUGCAACGAGAAGGAGGUUUGGGAUGUCUGACUACUCAAAGUUCCUGUCCAACUUGACGGAUCAGCUGGGUCUGCUGCCUGUACUUACGCCCAGUGGAUUGGCAGGACUGGGCAGCAAUCUGGGCAACUUGCGCCCCGCCCACAAGGCUCUGAUGUACGUGGGCGCGGCCACCGUGGCUUGCGUUCUUCUGGGCUUUACUGUUAAGUCUCUGAAGAGUCGCGACCGCAAGGACAAGCCGCGGAUCAUCAAGGUGCAACACGGGGUGCCGAUCAAGCGGGACCUCGAGGGGGCUGAUAAGGUCGAAGGAUCCUUCGGGGAGGAGCAAGCAAUCAAUUAGUGAAGAGAACCCAAGAAUUCUUAGGUCUGGAGAAUCCUAAAUACCGAGCACACGCCCAACUAACAAAUACCUUCAUUAUAUAUAUUUUGAGCCCGUUUUGUGCAUUGCAACGUUCUCUGUAUAUUUCGUAAUUUUAUAGUGUUAAAAAGAGCGAUUGUAGAAAUGACAUUUGUU